GGCGCAUCAGGCGUCCGCCUCACUCACAGACUCUCUCACUCUCACUGACUCUUAAACUCAAUCAAGCUGAGCUUUUAAAGUGCUUGUCAGUGUUUGUGUCACUGUUUAAUGGUCCAAAACCGAGUGAAGAGACUGCAGUUUUCCAGCAGAAGAAAAUACAUUUAUUCUUUAUAUCAUGGCGACAAAUGUACUGUUGAUGUUACUGUCAGUUGUGUGUGUGAUCGGAUAUACGAAUUCAUGUCCUCGAAAUUGCGAGUGUUCCCAAUGGAAAGCAUUCGUUGUCUCAUGUAUGAACUUAGAUGUUAUUCCAACGUUUCCCCCAAUGACAGAAUUUUUAAGUCUCUACGAGUCAAGUCUGAUGUCAGUUCCCCAAGAUGCCUUUGCAAAUAUGGUCAAUAUAACAAGAAUCUAUCUGUCGGUGGAUGUCUCUCUGAGCAGGUUAGAGAAGCAUUCCUUCCACAACCUGAGAAAGCUUACUCAUAUAGAAAUAAGAAACACAAGAAAUUUGACAUUCAUCCAUCCAGAGGCUUUUAGGAAUCUCCCUAAAUUACAGUAUUUAGGCUUAUUCAACACAGGCCUCUCCAUCUUCCCUGUCCUGAACAAUAUCCAGGCUGAUGACUCAUACUUCCUACUAGAACUAAGCGAUAAUCCCUAUAUUACUCAAAUUCCAGCUAACGCUUUUCUUGGCAUUACCAAUGAUCUGCUGUCAGUGAGGCUGUACAGCAAUGGCUUUACGAAAGUCCAACAUCAUGCUUUCAAUGGCACAAAGCUGGACACAGUGUACCUGCAUAGAAAUAAACUGCUGACAUGGCUGGAUGAAAGAAUGUUUGCUGGGACUAGCAGUGGGCCAAUGCUCCUUGAUAUAUCAGAAUCGGCUGUCACUUCCCUACCUACCAGAGGUUUGGAGUCACUUCGGGAACUCUGUGCUCGGAAUGUUUGGACUCUCAAAAAACUACCACCGAUCAAGACUUUCCGACACAUGAUUACGGCAGACCUGACCUACCCCAGCCACUGCUGUGCAUUCAAAAACUUGAAGAAAAAAAGAGGGUACUUAGAGGACAUCAUAUGUAACCUAACUGCCAGGUAUAACCAACUUCAGAAGAGAUCUGUGGGAACUUUUACAAUCCCUGGCAAGCACAGCAGCAUGGAACCUGGAAUUGAAUCAGCUGAUAACCUCUUUAGGGACACCUACGACCACCAAGACUUUUACAGCAGACCGCAUUACCACACCUACUUUGGCGGGCACCCAGAUGAUGAUGUUGGCUUUGGCGAAACGCUGAAGAACCCCCAGGAAGACACCAGCCCUGAGUUUGACAGCCGCUAUGACUACAUUGUGUGUGAGGAGGGAGAGGAGAUUGCUUGUUUUCCUGCUCCUGAUGAGUUCAACCCAUGUGAGGACAUCAUGAGUUUCAGCUUUCUGAGGGUAUCUGUGUGGUUUGUCAGUUUGCUUGCUGUGUUGGGCAACCUGCUUGUACUGUUGGUGCUGCUUACCAGCCACUACAAAGUGUCAGUUUCAAGGUUUUUAAUGUGCCACCUGGCCUUUGCUGACCUGUGUAUGGGCAUUUACCUUCUGCUGAUUGCUUCUGUGGACCUCCACACACGUUCUGAAUACUAUAAUCAUGCUAUUGAUUGGCAGACAGGUCCGGGAUGCAACCUAGCUGGGUUUUUCUCUGUCUUUGCUAGUGAACUUUCAGUAUACACACUGACCACUAUUACUCUGGAACGCUGGUAUGCUAUCACAUACGCCAUGAGACUGGACCGUAAGUUGCGUUUGUCCCAUGCUUCAGUCAUAAUGCUGGUAGGCUGGAUCUUUUGCCUCUUAUUGGCUCUUAUGCCUCUCAUUGGGGUCAGCAGCUACCAGAAGGUCAGCAUUUGUCUGCCCAUGGACACCCAGACACUUGUGAACCAGAUCUACAUACUAUGUGUGCUUGUUUUUAACAUCUUGGCUUUUGUAGUCAUUUGUGCCUGUUACAUCAAGAUCUAUUGUGCUGUUCACAACCCCAGUCAUCAGUCUGCCAACAAAGACACCAACAUUGCCAAGCGCAUGGCUGUGCUCAUUUUUACAGACUUCCUCUGCAUGGCACCAAUUUCAAUUUAUGCUGUGACUGCUGCGUUGGACCACCCCCUCAUCACUGUGUCAAACUCCAAGAUCCUCUUGGUGCUCUUUUACCCUCUGAAUUCCUGCGCUAACCCUUUCUUAUAUGCUAUCUUCACCAAGGCCUUCCAAGGAGAUGUCUUUAUACUGCUCAGCAAAGUUGGUCUAUGUCAACGUCAGGCUCAGCUGUUCCGGGGUCAGACAAUAUCUUCGAAGGCAAGCAGCAGAGGAAUCACUAGACGUGAGAGGGAGCGAACAGGAGCAAAGGAUACCCCUAUUUCACUUCUAGAUUAUCCAGGCAACCCACCAGUCACCCAACAGCAGGAGGACAGUGAUGGGCAGGACACUUGAAACCUAUAUGUUAUUUUAGGCCACAACAACUGGAAUCCAAAAAGUUGGAGUCAAUUAAGUUGCAAUGCAGCAAAAAAGGACAGAAAAUUAAUUAAUUACCUGAACAAUCUGCAUUAAAACAAACUGAUGAAUUUUAGGUUGUAUAUUUAAUCUAUCAUGUUGCACUGGUAAUAGUAAGUGAUUGAUUGUACAAAAUAAUAUAGACAGUGGGCCUUGUUCACAAGCAUCAUAAAUCAAUGUGUAAAUUGUUCAUAAAUCAAUUAUUUUGUGACAGUUUGUGUUCAAUUCAAUACACUAAAAUUUAUUAAAGAAUCAUUUUAGAAUUGUUUUAAAAAUAAUUGUGUGUUUUGUGAAUGGUUUAUUAAGCUGUUUAACACCACAAAAGCAGUGCCAAGUCACCCAUGUUAACUGAGUACAGCAUUUAGAAUUAUAUUUCAUGAUCAAGUUUGUAAUUCUCAAUGGCCCAACCGUGAUUAACUAUUUUAGAAUUUAUGGUUAUAAUUUACAUCCUGAAAUACUAAAUUUUCUACAUAACUUCUAUUGCAGAUC